CAAGGUCCCGAGGUUCACAGACACGUCUGAGAAGGGCCCCACAUCAAAUUAAUCUUUACGACGCGUUUCUCUCAAGCGUCCCACCAAGUAUCAAACUAGAGCCGAACGGGAUACCUAUGACUUUGUAACCAUAUGUCCAUGUUGUUUCUAACGGUAUCGAUGAAAUCCAUCGUAAGCUUGUCGUACCAACAUAUUUGCAUAUAGCAUGUCAAUGUCCCGGAACCGGGAUAUUAGAGGCUUCUUCGGCAAAAGUGCCAGCCGUAGUAACUCUGAAUCCCAGCCGGCCUCCUUGUCAGAACCGGCCCGGGAUCUGCAAUAUUCAUUCUCAUCCUCUAGGACACCUCCGAAACCCAUUCCGAAGCUACGUGAUCGGGCCGAUGAAAUUAAAGGGUCCGACGAUGAGGGCGGCGACUCGGACGACUCAUUGGAGUCCAUAUCUGCAUUCAUCCAACGGAAAAAAGGUCCUGCGCCUUACGAAAGAGACUCAAAUCUAACCUCCACGCCUAGGGCGAAGAGGAUAGCCCCUAAUCCAGCUUCUCUACUGAAAUCACCAUUGACGAUACAGCCUAAACAUAAAUUUGACCUCAAGUACUUAAUCAACCAUGCUCGGCAGUCUGACCGGGCAGAUGAGAGUGCUAGAAUAGCAGAUGAGCUCAUCAACCAGAGCGAAGAAGAUGAUGAGAACGGUCAAAUUCUAACAGAAGUGCAAAAUGACCCAACGCUGUUGCAAAAGACAGCUAAGGAACUUCUUAAGGAUGACGAGGAGGACGCCAAAGGUGACAAAUUGAUGAGGGCUAUGAACCGUACUAAAGUCGACGGGUCUCAGCGACUAUACUAUUUCUUUAGUCUCGAACAGCCCCUAUUCAAACCUCCUAGGAGUCCAUUCCCGCAAAAGGCGGCAAAGGGGUGUUGGGGAUGUCUCGCUAACUCGCGAACGCGAGAUCAAGCCGUCAUUCUCGGCUUACCCCAUGCUAUCGCCUCCAAGGGUAGGGCACUCCCGGAUGAACUUUUCCUAUGGAUCCUUGACGAGGUCUGCGCCGAGAGGAACGCCCAGCUGCGCAUACAGUACCGCAACCUUGUGGCUCUGUGUCCUGAUAGCAUCAAACGUCUCGUCACUGAGAAGCGACUAUACUCUAUGCUCGAAAGAUUAGGUGGGCCAAAGUACUCUCGCGGCCAAAAUAACUCUAAGCUUGAGAGUUUGCCCAAAGUGGAAGAUCCGUAUCCUCGAAAAGAUUGGUCAGGUCUGGUGACUUUCCUUGAACUAUUAGAGCGCGUAGCCCCGAACAUGAGUACGCAGAAUGUAAUAGGGGCUAUUAAACUGCUACUACGGAUGGGACUCGAUCCCCUUGUGAGUACGACGGUUCGUUCUGAGCAUGCCGCAGCGAUGGAAGCUCUCGUCACGGCAUUAUCGAAGUUGAGUACAUCCCAAUGGAACGAAACUUGCGAGACAAUAUCUUCUUAUCUAUACGAGAGCGUAGACGAGCCUAUGCAUCAGGCCGUCCCUAUCAGCCAUAUGCCUAAAACUACCGCCAAGCUCCUCGACCUAUGCCGGCGCAUGGCGGCCGUGGUGCUCUUCGAGGACCGGGAGCUGGGUAGUAGACCAGUCGACGAAAAUUUAGCGCUUGCUCGUGUCAUAGAUCGGCUUGACUCGAGUGAUUUCCGUGUCGGGGCAUCUACCAACUUCGAGGACCUACGGGCGCUAAUAACGCUUCUAGACAUCGUCAUCGGCAACGCGGGCUUUAUUAUGCAGCAGCACUCGGGAAGUAGUACGGAGGACGCAGCUCGCAAGUUCGAUGCCGACAUCGAUGUCCUAACGUUUAAGCUUAAAGUGAUACAUGAUAAGAUUCACGAUAGCACUCUACUCUCCCGGAAGGUCGCCAAGGCAUCCAUCGACUUGGUAGCUAAGCGAUUAACAUACGCGGUGCGCACGCGGCCGCCACCUAAGACAAGUAUCUUCGACUCAGAACCCAGAGAGGACGCCAAUAUACCCAAACAGCGGGCAUUCAUGAAGAACUGGGCUCAGAAGAAGGCGGAGCGGAACAAUGCUGCCGCUGCGGUGAGCUAAUAUGAAAGAGGAAACGGAUGACAGUAUGGCAUGAGUGUUGUACGACUAGCUAUUGGUAAUAUAGAGGAUAAAUUGGUGUUUUAUUGAUGCCGACGUUCCUGCAACGCCUUAUGAUAUACAGCAAGCAGCCUUCUAGUGAGCACCAUCAAUAAAUAAUAGCACGGCUCUAGAUUCCGUGCCCAAAACGCGACUGACUAUUCCUUAUAAAAAAAACCCCUCUAGACGGGAAGAAUAGUAUAACGCUACCUAAGCAUAAUACUCUGCCCGUCCCCUUCUCUGCUUUGCCGACGUCCAGCGUUAUUGACAUGUGUUUUGUGUUAGCGCUCAUGAGUGAAGUUAAACAUCGAUGCGAGGUUCUCUGCUUAAUCGUAGAACUUGCGGUUGGGGUUCUUGCCGAACAGCGCCUCUCGCACGGCGGGGAGGGCACUGCUUUGUAGGAGUAGCAGUCUCUGGUCAAAGGUGUUGUUGAUCUCGAUCUUGCCCUGGCCACCUACAAUAAAUAGUCCGCCGGAGCUAUAUGUGAUAAUUCGUCGUCAGCGUGCCAUCUCAUCUUACACUGGUUUCACCGAACCCUCUGAUUCAGACAGUGACAGCACAACUCACCUUUCCUCGGGUAACGGGUUAUC